GCGGCGUCACUUCCGCGUGUUGGUCUGCGUCCUCGCGCUCGUCGAUCGCCCGUUGUGUGGUCGUCAGCUGCUGAAGUCACAGCCUAGCCGGGUACAGUUUCGUUCCUUGGCUUUAAAAGUAUUUCGUCAUGUCAUUACCGUCCUGGUUUUGGCGACUGACUGCUCGCUCGCUUCGAACUGAAGUGCAGCCGGUAUCUCGGCGGUGCGCGUUGUUUAGGAACAACAGACCUGUCUUCGUCAAAGCACUGAAUCCUCCCAGAUCAGUUGUAACCACUACCGGGUCAAGAACCUCUGGUCUGUGGCAGCUGCUGCGAGGGCUGGCUGCAGGUUUGAAGAAAGGCAAUCACCCAAGUGGCAGACUGCUGUUCAGUGGAGCAAUAGCUUUUCUCUGGGAGAGGGAAAGAAUUCCGACUGAUGACGCUAUUAGCUGUCUGAAGGAAUAUGACAACAGAGUAAAGUCUCAACUCCAUAUGAUGCUGGAGGAAUCGCCAGUAGUGAGCUCCACUACUGCUCCCUGCACAUCUUGGCAAGAGAUGGCGCCUAGCACAGAAAACACCUCUCGUAUCAAGCACCAGCUAAACCUGCUCCUACAGCAACAUUCCGAAAAACAUUUGUCUCAAUUACCACUUGUUGGACUACAGCGAAUGGGGCGCCUGUCAAGUGCAAGUGCAAUGGCAGGUGAAGCCGUACACAGGGUUACACUUGGAGCAGUUGGUAGGCUGAGUGAAGCUAUGACCAAGCCACUCAGGUCAUGGGACAAAGUUGAACGUGAGGAAUUUAAAGAAUUCUGUGACUCUCAAGAAUAUGAGUUAACCGACACAGCACCUGUUAGUGAAGAUGCCGUCUCUGAAGAAGCUGUGAAAGCAGUUACUGACGCAAUGUGUGAAUGCUAUGUGGAACACUCCAAGCGACACAUGGCCGAACUCCCUUUAGUAGGCCUGCAAAACCCUGGUUCAGUGUACAACUUCAGCAGGAGCGUGGCUGAUUUGAGCAGGAAGCUGUUUGUGAGGGAUUCAAAUGUCCACAGUGCUGCACUGUUUCUGGCUCACCUCGGGAUAUCUCUGUGGGAUAUGCCUUCAUUCUCUGUCUUUCCUCCGUCACUCUUGGGGCUACAGGUCGACAGUGCCUCUUUGGUCACAGAAGGAUUUUCAAACUUGUCAGUAAGAGAUGCACUAGACUCUGCUCUAAAGCAGGCCAAAGAAUUACUCUCCCUGUGCACCUCUGCUCGUGUUGUGUUGGACACAUUUGACUCCAUGUCAAACAGAAAGGAGGAUUUGGAAAGUAGUAGCAAUGGCAGAGCAGGUGCUGACAAGGGCAUGUCUACCUCACAAGAAUCUGUACUCACACACCAAGCUGAUCAAGUCCAAUCUUCACGUCCGUUUCCGGAAUGCCCCAACGAGAACAGAAAUCAACAUACAGACACAGACAUAUACCUUCAGCAGAGUGGGUGGGAGCGGUUUGCAGAAGCAGAAAGUUGCACAGUUUACAGGAAGCCUCAUCAAUCGGGUCUCUUCAUGUACAAAGUUAUUGGAAGAUUUACCGACAUUUCUGUCAAGGAAUUCUUGGAUGUACAGGUUGAUCAUGCAUGCCGUAAAGAGUGGGAUUCAUAUGUACAGAAGUUGGAGACAGUGGAAGUUGAUCCCGAAACUGGCACAGAAGUUGUCCAUUGGGUUAUGAAAUUUCCGGUAUGCCAGUAAACUGUUUAGAAAUAGGUUUAGAGGGACACCACUGAACCAUAGUACACAGUUGUGCAAUCUGAUCCUGCUGGAGCAUACUUAGACUUCCAUAGCCGCAGAAUAUCACACAACCCCAGAGCAUAAACUUAGCCUCUUUUGGCUAAAAUUUCACCAAAGCAAGUGCGUGCGUUUGUGCACAACAUUUAUUUACCUACCUCCUCAAAUGUCCAAAAGAGCUGGGUCAGAUUUAUAUGCAAGGAUCAGUCUGUGCCCACUACAACUGUAUGUAUGAGCUUGCCUAUAAAUAUUUUGGUACAGACACAUCAACACACACACCAUACACGUCAUUAAACUUUGCACAAACAGUUGCUCCAUUGUACGAUGGGUAUUUAUGAUAAAAUGUUACUCUGCAGUUCCCCAUGUCCAGUCGAGAGUAUCUCUAUGUAAGAAGGAUGUGGAUUAACAAGAAUGUGGCGGUACUUAUCAACAGGUCUGUAAAUCAUCCGGCCAUGCCAGUCAGCAGGAAGUCUGUACGUGUUCAGGACUAUGUCAGUCAUACUGUGAUGCAUCCUCACACUACCAGUGACGAGGAUGGAUUUGAGUAUGAAGUGACCUACUUUGAUAACCCUCAGACAAACCUUCCAUCUUCUUGUGUUAAUUGGGUUGCUACAGCAGCUAUGCCAGAAUUUUUGACUAAAGUGCACACUGCUGCUUGCCAGAGGAAGAGAAAACAUUCUGGACUAUCAGCAUUGCAAAUCAUGUAGCACAAAUAUUAUGCAUUGUACAAUUUUUUGUCAUAAGUUGAGAAGCUCCUCAGUUCUCAUUCCUUGGAGGUUGAAUCCCUUUGCUUCAGCCUUUCCUUCCAACUUGUGUAGAGCAGCAACUUUGGGUUUGAGGCCUUCCCUCAACUUCUCCAUCUCUGUACUAAGUUGUUUGUAGUCUUCCUCUAGCAUCUUGAUGCUACUUGGGGUGUCCAUUUUAAUAAAGGUGUUGCCAAAGCAUAUCCAUGAUGCAGAACCUAGGGAAAGCACCAUAACCCUAUUUUUUUGAGGAAAAAAACCUAUUAUUACUUGCUGCCGUUUUUGGCUGGAUCUUCUUCAAGUGAUGAAGUGCUUCCCGGGCACUAUUUCGUUUCCUAUCCAAAUCAGAAAUCUAGGCGUUUACUUGGUAAGCGUAUGAUGGUCACAUGGCCAGAAUAUAUACCUGGUGUUUUUCACUGAUGAUCUCUUCAGCAACAGCAUCAGCUGUAGAAUAUUCUUCCAAUAGCUUGUCCAUACCAUCUGACAGCCGAGGUAUUAUAGCACGUAAAAGCGCACUUAGGACCGAC